UGGCCCAUGAUUCUUUGCGCGGCGUCUAUUUUAACCGCAGGACGACUAAGCUGGCCGGCGCGAUGGCUGCAUCCGGGCAGGAGGAUCUGUCGGAACUGUCCCCUGCGGCCACCCCAAAUUUGGAUUGGUAUGAGAAGCCGGAAGAAACUCACGCUCCCGGGGUAGAUCUUGAGACUGUCAUUCCGUCAGCCCAGGAGUCCAAUCCUGCGGAGCCCUUUUGCCCAAGAGACCUGGUGCCAGUGGUGUUCCCUGGACCCGUGAGCCAGGAAGGCUGCUGCCAGUUUACCUGUGAGCUUCUGAAGCACAUCUUGUACCAACGCCAACAGCUCCCUCUGCCCUAUGAACAGCUCAAGCGCUUCUACCGGAAAUCUCCCCAGGCAGAGGACACAGCACGGAAGAAGCCUCGGCCUGCUGUGGAGGCGAGCAACCGGAAGUGCCAGCAGGCUUUGGCGGAGCUGGAGAGCGUCCUCAGUCACCUACAGGACUUCUUUGCCCGAACCCUCGUACCACAAGUGUUGAUCCUUCUUGGAGGCAAUGCCCUCAGCCCCAAAGAAUUCUAUGAACUCGACCUGUCCAGGCUGGCCCCGCUGGGUGUGGACCAGGGCCUGAGCACCGCAGCUUGCCUGCGCCGUCUCUUCAGAGCCAUCUUCUUGGCCGAUGCAUUUAGCGAGCUGCAGGCUCCCCCGCUCAUGGGUACCAUGGUCAUGGUUCAGGGCCACCGCGACUGUGGAGAAGAUUGGUUUCGACCCAAACUGAACUACCAGGUGCCCAGGCGGGGCCACAAACUCACGGUGACACUGUCGUGUGGCAGAUCUUCCGUCCCAGCCAUGGCUUCAGAGGAUUACAUUUGGUUCCAGGCACCAGUGACACUUAAAGGUUUUCAUGACUGAACGUAUAAGGACAAUGGCUGAAUUCUCUCCUCUCUCAUGCCAGGGCACCCAUCUUCCCGCUGAGGGAGGAGGGCUCUGUCCUGGCUGUGUGCCUCCUGUCCCCAGACUUCCUGGUGACUGACAGUGUGUGGCUCUGGCUGUGAUAGUCAUCACCAAGCAAAGGCCCGAAUCAACGACUGACUCCCAGAGGCCCCUGUGCCCGCCUGGUGGCUCUGUUGGGAGUAGAAAGCACGACUGUGUGGGUGACCCUCUAAUGACGGUCCUUCUCUGCUAUGCUAUGGGUUUUCAGAACUUUUUUACCUGGAUAAUGUGGGUGUGACUCGUGAAUUUAAAUAUGACAAGAUGAAUAGAGCUGUAUUAAAAUUUCCUAACACUUUUGAUUUACA